AUGAGCUCCUACAUUGAUUGGUCCAAGACCACAAAGUCCAAGGACUACCGCGGAGCAUCGUCCUUUGCGACUUUUCUCAUCAUUGGCCCGACAUGCUUCUUCCUGGGCAUCCUCUUCGCGUCGUUCCCGUACGAUUUUCCCCUCCUCUGGACCAAAGAGCCCGUCGCCCUCGACUACUAUGAUCAGCUCGAGACGCACCUCAAGUUCAUUCACCAGUCGCCCCCGCUCAUCGGCCGCCUCCUCAACAUCAUCAUGAGCGUGGGCUUCCUCGGCCUCUUCAUCAAGCUCUUCCGCCCCAGCGAGGCAAACUUCCUCUUCGACGGCGCCUCGCUGAUCCUCUACAUCAUCGGCGUGGCCGUUUACAUCUCCAACAUUGUCAAGGGCCUGCGCACCGUCAGCUCCGGCUUCUGGCACUCUGAAGAGUUCAAGACUGCCGAGGGCCGGUUCGACGGGGAGAUUGUCUUGGGCAGAGAGGACAGCUUAAAGGUGCUUGCGGCAAGCAACACUAUUCUUGCGCUCGUAUUGGUGGGCAUUCUGGUGCUGCAGGCGGGGCAGUGGUAUGCCGAGAAGAGGGAUUGGGAUGACGAGAAGGAGGUGGCGAAGAAGGACAAUAAGAAGAAACAGUAA